GGCAAACGAAACACUUCUCGUCCCGUCUUCACCUCGCACGAGCGCGCCCUCGCGAAAUCCCACUGGGCCUCGUCUUCAGCCCGUCUCCAUCGCGACUCGUUCCUCCCCUUUGGCUCUUGCGGCCUCUGCCUCAACAUCGCCCGCGAUCCCGUAUCCUGCCGUCGCGGCGACAUCUUCUGUCGCGAGUGCGCCCUCUCAAAUAUCCUUACGCAGAAAAAGGACAUCAAGCGCGCCGACAAGGCUCGCGCCGCGGCAGAGGAGGAGGCUGCUAAGCUCAGAGCACUUGAGGACGAGCAGGAUCGCGAGCGCGCCGUUGCGGAUUUCGAAUUGACGCAAGCUGGACUAAGCAGAAAAAGCAAGGGACCUGUGGCGAAAACGGAAGAUGCGACUACAGAAGCUACAAGUGGCGAGAAUGCAUUAGCUCUCGUAGGUACGAAGCGCAAGUUCGAGCUUGAUCAAGAUGAGCUAGAUCGCAUUGCACGAGAAGACAAAGUCAAGGCGAGAAAAGCAAUUGAAGACGAAAAGGCCGCUAAACCUUCGCUCCCUUCCUUCUGGACUCCAUCACUUACUCCAGAUGCCCAAACAAGUAAACUCCCUCCUGUCGUCAAGAAGGCAAAGACGGUGCCGACUUGCCCGGCAUCAUCGCCAGACGAUGCCCACCCGAUAACCAUGCAAAACCUCAUUACAAUCAACUUCAACGAGGAGGAGACAUCGAAGGGCAACCAGAGAACGUGCCCUUCAUGCCGCAAGAUGCUCAACAACGCCUCCAACCCCAUGAUGGCUAAACAAUGUGGCCACGUAAUGUGCCACAACUGUGUCAAGCAGUUCAUGCUCCCGUCCACCAAGAAGUCGUCUUCAGAGGUCGACCCGCCCCUGACCUGUUACGUCUGCGACGUGCCUCUGACUUCCAAGUCCCAGAAACAUGAAGCAACCAAGGGCUCCUCGAUUCCCGGCCUCGUCGCCCUUCGGUCCGAGGGAACAGGCUUCUCAGCACGAGGAGCCAGCACCGUGGAGAAGUCGAGUGUUGCUUUCCAAUGCUAG